GCAACAGGCCAAACACUCGCCUGAACUUCGUCCAUAGAGCGCAGAGGUCCAUCAAUGGCGUCCGCUUUGAUGUCCAGAGCUUUGAGAAACCGAUCGGUCCCUUCUUUUUCAACCUUAGUUGCGAGAUUCAUGAGCACAUUGGUUUUAGCUGAACAUGAAGGUGGAUUGGUAAAACCAUCAUCACUAAGUGCAGUUGAAGCUGCAGGGUUUGUUAAUAAAGAAAAAUCUAUAACUGUUCUCUUGGCUGGCUCUGGUCCAAGUCUUCAGGAAGCUGUGUCACAUGCUGCAUCAUGCCAUCCUUUGAUUUCUCAGGUUCUUGUCGCUGAGGCAGACAUACUGAAGCAUCCAUUAGCUGAAACAUGGGCCAAACUUAUCCAGUUGGUCCAGCAGAAGGAUGGCUACUCAUAUAUAAUGGCUUCUUCAAGUUCAUUUGGCAAAAAAUAUACUUCCAAGAGCUGCGGCUCUUUUGGAUGUUCACCUGUUACAGAUGUUGUUGAGAUAUCUGAACCACGAUUAUUUGUGAGGCCAAUAUAUGCUGGAAAUGCUCUGUCUACCGUUCGUUAUACUGGCCCAGAUCCUUGCAUGAUGACCAUCAGGUCCACGUCAUUCCCCAUUUCAUCUUUCUCAAAAGACACAAACUCUGAUGCAGUACCAAUCUCCCAGGUUGACCUCUCAACCUUCAAUGAAGAAACCUUUGGAAAAUCAAGGUGGUUAAAUCUUACAUCCCAGGAUAGUGAACGACCUGAUUUGGGGAAUGCACGUGUUGUAGUCACAGGUGGGCGUGCAUUGAAGAGUGCAGACAACUUCAAACUUUUGGAGAAACUUGCUGAAAAACUUGGUGCUGCAGUUGGGGCCACUCGAGCUGCUGUGGAUGCAGGAUUUGUCCCUAAUGAGCUGCAGGUUGGUCAAACUGGGAAAAUAGUUGCUCCAGAUUUGUAUAUGGCAUUUGGGGUUUCGGGCGCCAUACAACACUUGGCUGGAAUGAGAGAUUCAAAGGUCAUUGUAGCAGUUAAUAAAGAUCCAGAUGCACCCAUAUUUCAGGUUGCUGAUUAUGGCCUUGUUGCUGAUCUGUUUGAUGUGAUACCUGAAAUGCUGGAAAAGCUACCUGAGAAGAAGUGAAAUGAAAUUAAAGGUAUACUUGUCUCAAUGGUACAACUAUCCAAAAGGUUGAAGCAAUUCCAUGAUAACUUCCAUUCAUUGUGUAGGUCCUCCCCCAAGAAUAAGUCCAGUUGGUGUACUUUUUAUUUGGUUAUAAACUUUGAAUGACAUGGGCAAGGACAUAGUUACUGAUAAAAAGUAAAACAAUGAAAUUUACUUGAAUUGCAAGGAAGAUAUUGGUUAUGUCCAUAUGUCAGUGAAAUAAUAGAUUGAUGGUUUUAUUUA